GUUUUGUGCGCUAUGGGUUCUACGCCUUCGUGGCUUUCUUGUCGGGAAUCUCUGGGCAAGACGGGGCCAGAAGACUUGCCUAAGCUCCUGAAGCCUUUGCUGCAGUUGCGGCUUGAAGAGCUUUGUGGCAUCUACGCCAAAGUUGCGGGCCAGGAUACAGUGCCAUUGGAGAUUCUUCAGGAUUUGCACUUGGACCCAAGAGCUGCGCAGUUGCUUGGGAAAAGCUUUGACCUGCUUGUAAUGCUGGUGGUGGCAAGCCAGACACAUGUUCACACCAAGGCACGCUUCGCAUUUGCCAUGUGCACCAGUGAGAACUUUUUGGACUACCCCAGUUUCAGGCAAAUCCUUUCUUCCUUUCUUCGUGCUGUUUGGCGUCUUGGAAGUGGUACACGACGACCCGAGUCUGCCAGCCCUGCGCUGUUGGAUUCAUUAGCUUUCUGCCUCUUUCGACCUCACGAGCCGGCCUUGUCGCAAGAGGCAUUUAUGAGAAUGGCCACUGAAGAUCAGGUCGGUGCGUUUCUGCGUCGCUUCUCAGCUGGCCGGCUCAAUGUGAAUUUCAAUUUGGAGACAUGGCAUACCAAAGCUGAAGAAAAGAAAAGUGCGGGAGUUGUGGAAGAUGUCCCUACAUCACUCUCAGCUGCUGCCAUGCCCACAAGCUACAGAAUGGAUGACUUGGACCAGCCCUUGCCACGCCGUAAAGGAUACUUCUUGGCUGUUCAAUCCGCCCGGGAGUCCGCACUCUACCAAGAGCUGGAGCAAAUCCGCUUGGAGAGACUAAAACCGGCCAACGAAGUCACCCGGAGCAAUUUGGAUUUGGAACUACGGGAGCGAACGAUUCGUGAAGAGCUACUGGGAGAAUUGAAGGACGAUGUCGCACGGCGAGAGUAUAGGCGAAGAGUACAGAAGUUCUGGCAUAGGUCCAGACCAAACUCUGCACAAAGUGGAAACGGGAGGCAAAGAGUUGUUUGUCACGGACGCCUUUGGACAGCCAGCUCAAAUCACAUUGCCCGAGGUGGUGUUUUACCUGCAGGUGUGCCAAGGCCUAUUACCCCAACAGUUAUGCAGGCAGCAGUGAAUUCAGUCGUUUCCAGCACGAGCCAGCCAAGUAGAACCAUCGCAGAUCGAGUUCUUAAAGAGAUUCAUGACGACAAUGGCCAAGACGGGAAAAAGUGGGGCAAGAGGCAUACAAUCCGCCGUGGUUCUUCAAUAUUCAACGGCCUUGAGAAUUUGUCUCAGGAGUCAGGGUCAGGCUCUGAAGAGAAAGAAGAGGAACGUUGUUUGUUUAGACGCGCGGAUGUUCUCGCUGCAUUCAAGUUGUACCGCAGUGAAUAUUGGUUGAAGAAGGGAGGUGGCAUUCGCUCAUUGCUAAAAUCCGGGCUUCCAAUUGCUAUACCAAAAGAUAUGAGUCGCGCAGAACUUGCCUACCGUCGAAAAGUUGAAGUGGAAUUGAUGUUUCAAGAAGUCGCUGCUGAGAGAUCAGCAUUGCAUACGCCAACAGCAUCACAAGAACUUACUCUGCGGGGGUUUCUAAAGGCAGUCUUUCCUUUGGCCAAAAGGUCAGACAUUUCAAUCAUGAUGCAAUGGAUCAAAAAACCUCCAGAUGAGAGCAAAGUUGUGAGGCAGAAGAAGAUCGCAAAGCCUGACCUUGGUCUUCUGCGCGAUUUGAUUGACUUGUUCGAUGCAAUCGAUGAAGAACGAACAGGUUUCGUGCCAAUUGAAGCUGUCGAAAAGUUUCUCUCCGGUGAGAUUGUGACCCAAGGAGAGAAUGCCCGACUCAAUUUGCGUCGACAGGCUCGCACCAGCCAGCGCAGUGUGAUCAACGCAGCCUGCUAUCCAACCAACCCGCGGGCUGUGAUGAUUUUGAACAAGACUUUGGAGGAUCGACCAGAGUGGGUGGUAUCCCCAGAGAUCAAUUCAGUCAAGUCUGUCAGACACUCAACAGCUACAUCUGUGUGCAAAUCCUUAGAGCAGAGGAUGGACCUCUUGGCUACAGCGCUGGAUGUGGAACUUCACCAAUUGGCCCAAGGGGACCCCAACCUGAUCAGCGAGACCAUCGAGGCUGCCAGCAAUCCAUGGCAUCACGAUGAGUUUGUGGAGUCUCUGGAGCGCACUGAGGUCCAGAAAGGCGAGCAGGUUGCUGAGAGGGUACGCUUGGUGAGACUUUACUGGCGUUUCCUUGUCGGCAGUGCCAUUGCGCAGCAACUGCGGGAAGACCCUUCCUGCUUGGAGCUAAAGGAUGGCAAGCUUGAUUUGACUGGCUUCAUGUGUGUCCUGGCGCAGGACCAGGUGAACACCAUUUUUGCACUAAGCCGAUCAACAACACCAUCUCCUGCACAUAUUCGGCGCUUGGCCUAUGCUUUUGAGUAAAAAGAGUUCUUGAGUUUCGCACUCCUACACGCCUUUUAAAUUAUAGUCUGCAUUUUUACAGAGUCGUUUUCUCGUACAUAUAUAUGUUCUAUUAGGUUCUAGACUUUCUCGUAGCAGACACCCGUCCCUUCCCAGCUAUGAUGAGUGGUUCUUGCAAGCAAAGAUCUUGCAAGCUGCCGGCAGCAUUUGGAUUUUAGAAAGCUUUAACUGUUGCGUUGGUCGGAACCAACAUUCAUGAUACGCUGCUUUUCAAUGCUGGUCAAAGGGGCAGGAAUGUGGUGCACCCCACCUUGAAGAAUCGGUCUCGGUGCCUCGGUGCUGGUAAGAAGCCAGUGCAGAAUAGACGACUUGGAUCAAUAUGGCCCGAGUCAAAAAGAUCCAUUUUGAAGAGCCGGAUCCACAACUCGUGUCCAGAGUUGAAGCAAAGAGUCACCUGUAUUACUUUGG